AUGGCAGAAAUGGAGAAAGAAGGGAGACCUCCGGAAAAUAAAAGGAGCAGGAAACCGGCUCACCCAGUGAAAAGGGAGAUCAAUGAGGAAAUGAAGAACUUUGCAGAAAACACCAUGAAUGAACUCCUUGGCUGGUAUGGCUAUGAUAAGGUUGAACUGAAAGAUGGUGAAGAUAUUGAAUUCAGGAGCUAUCCUACAGAUGGAGAGAGCCGGCAGCACAUUUCUGUUCUCAAAGAAAAUUCUUUGCCAAAACCAAAAUUACCUGAGGACAGUGUUAUUUCACCAUACAAUAUAAGCACAGGCUAUUCAGGGCUUGCCACAGGAAAUGGACUCAGUGACUCACCUGCAGGGUCAAAGGAUCAUGGCAAUGUGCCCAUUAUUGUACCUUUAAUUCCGCCACCUUUCAUAAAGCCGCCAGCAGAAGAUGAUGUGUCAAAUGUACAAAUAAUGUGUGCCUGGUGCCAGAAAGUGGGAAUCAAGCGCUAUUCCCUGAGUAUGGGAAGUGAGGUGAAAAGCUUCUGCAGCGAGAAGUGCUUUGCCGCCUGCCGACGAGCCUACUUCAAGAGAAAUAAGGCUAGAGAUGAAGAUGGACAUGCUGAAAAUUUUCCCCAGCAGCACUAUGCUAAGGAAACUCCAAGGCUUGCCUUCAAGAAUAACUGCGAACUACUUGUAUGUGACUGGUGUAAGCACAUAAGACACACAAAAGAAUACCUGGAUUUUGGGGACGGGGAAAGAAGGCUUCAGUUCUGCAGUGCAAAAUGUCUCAAUCAGUACAAAAUGGACAUUUUCUACAAAGAGACACAGGCCAAUCUUCCAGCUGGGCUGUGCAGCACAUUACACCCUCCCAUGGAAAAUAAAGCAGAAGGCACCGGGGUGCAGCUGCUCACUCCAGACUCUUGGAACAUCCCUCUAACAGAUGCUCGCAGGAAGGCCCCCUCCCCGGUGGCUGCAGCUGGCCAAAGCCAGGGCCCUGGCCCAUCGGUGUCCACCACCGUCUCUCCAUCUGACACUGCCAACUGCUCUGUCACUAAAAUCCCUACGCCAGUGCCCAAGUCCAUGCCCAUCAGCGAGACUCCCAACAUCCCUCCUGUCUCCGUCCAGCCACCUGUCAGCAUCGGGCCUCCCCUGGGCGUCCCGCCUCGCAGCCCUCCCAUGGUGAUGACCAACCGCGGCCCGGUACCGCUGCCCAUCUUCAUGGAACAGCAGAUCUUGCAGCAGAUCCGCCCGCCCUUCAUUCGCGGACCGCCGCACCACGCCUCCAGCCCCAACAGCCCUCUGUCCAACCCCAUGCUCCCCGGCAUCGGGCCCCCUCCCGGCGGCCCCAGGAACCUGGGCCCCACUUCCAGCCCCAUGCACCGGCCCAUGCUGUCGCCCCACAUCCACCCCCCGAGCACCCCGACCGUGCCGGGGAACCCCCCGGGGCUGCUGCCCCCGCCACCUCCGGGCGCGCCCCUGCCGAGUCUCCCCUUCCCGCCGGUGAGCAUGAUGCCAAACGGCCCGAUGCCCGUGCCCCAGAUGAUGAAUUUCGGGCUGCCGUCGCUCGCGCCGCUGGUGCCGCCCCCCACCUUGCUCGUGCCGUACCCCGUGAUCGUGCCCCUGCCGGUGCCCAUCCCCAUCCCUAUCCCCAUCCCUCACGUCAGUGAUUCCAAGCCCCCCAACGGGUUUUCCAGCAACGGGGAGAACUUCAUUCCGAGCGCCCCCGGCGACUCCUCGGCGGCAGGAGGCAAGCCAGGCGGACACUCCCUGUCCCCCCGGGACUCCAAGCCGGGCUCGUCCAAGUCCGCGGACUCACCGCCCGGCUGCUCCGGCCAGGCCCUGAGCCUGGCGCCCGCGCCCGCCGAGCACGGGCGGAGCGAGGUGGUGGACCUGACGCGGCGCGCCGGCAGCCCCCCGGGCGCGGGCGGCCAGCUCGGCUUCCCCGGCGUGCUGCAGGGCCCGCAGGACGGCGUCAUCGACCUGACCGUGGGCCACCGGGCCCGGCUGCACAACGUGAUCCACCGCGCGCUGCACGCGCACGUCAAGGCGGAGCGCGAGCCGGGCGCCGCGGAGCGCAGGACCUGCGGCGGCUGCAGGGACGGCCACUGCAGCCCGCCCGCCGCCGGCGACCCAGGCCCGGGCGCCCCCGCGGGCCCCGAGGCCGCCGCGGCCUGCAAUGUCAUUGUGAACGGCACGCGCGGCGCCGCCGCCGCCGCCGAGGGCGCCAAGGGCGCGGAGCCGCCGCCCGAGCAGCCCCCGCCGCCGCCGCCGCCGCCGCCGCCCGCGCCCCCCAAGAAGCUGCUGUCGCCGGAGGAGCCCGCCGUGAGCGAGCUGGAGUCCGUCAAGGAGAACAACUGUGCUUCCAACUGCCACCUGGACGGGGAGGCGGCCAAAAAGCUGAUAGGGGAGGAGGCCUUGGCGGGGGGCGACAAGUCAGACCCGAACCUUAAUAACCCCGCGGACGAGGACCACGCGUAUGCUCUGCGGAUGCUGCCCAAGACCGGCUGCGUGAUCCAGCCUGUGCCAAAACCCGCGGAGAAGACGGCCAUGGCGCCGUGCAUCAUCUCCUCGCCCCUGCUCGGCGCCGGGCCCGAGGACCUGGAGCCUCCGCUCAAAAGGAGGUGCCUGCGAAUUAGAAAUCAGAAUAAGUAAAAGGAAUGCUCACUCACAGGGUACCUUGCAUGGAGAGAGGGCGCAGAGCAAACCAUGUCUCGCCAUCCAAUGACACCAGCUGGUCAGCUCACCACCCCCUCUGGCUAAAACUCAAGCAAAUAAAGCCGCUUCCUGUCAUUAAGCAUCUCAGAGGAAGCAGCCCUCCCUCGGUGGCCUCUAGCCCAGAGAAGUCGGCACGUCUUGGACCCACCAAGCGGGCUCAACCUUCCUGCUGCCACCAUCUCUGCUUCUCCCCAGAGGAACUUAGGGAUUUUGCCCACGGUUUAAAAAACAGAAAACGAAACAACACACCAACAAGCCACAAGGACCAAUGUAGGUAUUCUCCCCGCCCCAUCUUCAAAGCUCAGAGGGUGAGGCUGGAAGAUGAUACGGAUUUGAAAACAGAAAUCUUUUUUUAAUCUUUUUAAAAACUGCUGUGGUUUUGCUGCUACACGAAGAAUUGUGAUUUGCAUUGUACGGUUUGGACCUGUUAUACUGUUCACGUUUCGACGGCGGAGAGGGAUCAUACUGGAGUCCCAGUGCUUCAGGUUCAUCUCUGUCCUGCCCAGGAUGCACUUUUAAAUGAAGAGUUAGAAUAUUUUAUUGGCUAAUAUACUUUUCUUGUUAUUUUUACAAAGGCCACCUUUAUCCUUUUUAAUGCCAUAUUUUCAGUGUUACACUUUUAUGGCUUUUAAUUUUCGAUUUGACAGAUGUAAGAAGCAGCAUGAAUAGUUUAUACUGUGGUUUUUCAGAGACUGAAUGCCAAGAGAACUCGGUAAAUGUUUAUUCUUCUCAGCUUUCUCUUUAAAUUCCCCUAAAUAGCGCCCCAUUUGGGAACAGAGCAAGAGUGUUGAACUGAAGACCAAAAUGCCCUCAAGGUGUAAAAUAAUCCGAGGGGGAAUAUUUGCUGGGCGUCACGAAAGACUUGGAUGAAAUUUCAACCCUGAUGGUUUUCGGUGAUCCAGGAAGUCGGUGAAGCAAUCUCUCUAUAUGCAGAGCCCUUUCAUGAUAAUUAGAAUGGUAUGGACAAACCAAUGAAAACAGGAGGGAAAGUGAGAAAGCUCGCCCAUGAUUCUGUUUCACUGUUUGCUUUCUCCUGUCAUGGUUAAGAGAAAUGUGCAAUUCGAUCCUCAAUCAGUGGGUGGAGGAUAACAGGGUAGAUUUUCUUGUGUGCACUUGUACAGUUGUAGCUGCGAGUCCAGAAGUCCUCUAGAGCAUGUGUACUGGCACUGAGUUGGUGAGACAGUCGUGGAGUAUCCCAUUCUGAUGAGUACAGAAAAAAAAAAAAGAAAAAAUAAGAAAAAAAUCAAAAAAAGAAGAAAACUAAAAAAAAAAAAAUCAAAUCACCUUGUGAUUCAGUGUAUCUGUUUACUAACUCCAAUAAAGCAAUUGUUCCCUCUGGAGGGGUCCAGGUGCCCCUGCCCUCAGGCCGCUGAGCAGGCAGCAGGAGGGGGGCGGGUGGGCGAGGCCGGGAUGGUGUCCCGCUGGCCUUGCAGCACCACGGGGCCCGUGGAUGCGGUGUACAUACUGUAUUUCUAUAUCCUCCUUUGUACAGAGUCACUUACGUCAAGCUACUGUUUUACAGGUGCUCCUUAUUUAUUAGAGCUGUGAGAGCUUGG